AUGUUGGUAACAGUGUUUAUAUUUGCGUUCAGUGCUUUGGCGUAUGGACAGGUCUUGCAAAAAGUGGAGUUAGCCGAUGAAAAGACGCCUUACGAUUAUGUGAAUGAGCGUUUAGAUGCCAUCGGUAUGGAUGCACGGUCUGGAUUGCCACUAUCGAAUUCGUAUGAAGUAGAAGAAAGUGAAGACUAUCCUGAAGCUAUUAAAGGAGCAGCUUCUACAGUUUUGAAUACAGUCACAGGUAUUGGUGGUGUUGGAUUGGGUCAAGGACUAGGCUUCGGUGGUCUAGGGGGAUUGGGUGGAGCAGGGAUUGGUCAAGGAAUAGGAAUCGGUUUGGGAGGUGUAGGUGGUAUUGGCUUUGGUGGUAUUGGAGCUGGAGGAAUAGGACUCAAUAACGGCGGUAUUGGAGUCGGUGGCCUUGGAGGACAAGGCAUUGGCGCGGGCGGCGUAGGUCUGGCGAAUGGGAUUGGUUAUAUAAACCCCGGUCUCGCUGGUCUUGGAGGAUUUGGGGGCUAUGGUGUUGGGAAUGGAUUUCUUUAUCAUCCCAUCUUGGGAGCUGCCGGUGGAGGUUACUUAGAUAAGAAAGCUUAUGAUGCCGCACAGAAGAAAGAUGCCGAUGAAAAUAUUGAAAAAGUAGAAAAGAAGGUGGAAGAAGAAGCAAAACACGGUCAGGAAGGUUUCCAGCAGGCGGCGGAAGCGGCGAAGUCGGAAAAAGGUGAAUCUGGUUUCUACAAAGGAGAAGAGGCAAAAAAGAAAGCAGCAGGUGAUGAGAAGUUUUAUGAAGGUGGACAGAAAAUCGAUAAACAAGGAGCCAACGAAGAACAUAUCAAGAAAGCAAAGAGCCAUAAGAAAGGCCACGUGAGCAAGGGAUUCAAAACUUCAAGCAGUAAAAAUGAAGAAGAGAAAUCUGAAAGUUUCUAUGAUGAGGCUCACGAUGAAGCCGACCAUAAGGUCUCUGGUCAAAACGCCGGGUCGUUUGGAGAGCAGUCGCAGCAUGGAUUCAAAGGUGCACAUGAAGAGAAGGUACUCGAUGCCAACUCGCAGGGCAAAGAAGGACACCAUUUAUCUGAACAUAAGAUUGAUGAUACUAAGGCUAAUAAGGGAGAAUUUCUUCAGAAAGGGUACAAAGGUGGCGCGGAACAGUUGGAAAAGUUCAACAAUUUGGGCGCACAUUCCAUCCACGGUCAUCAGGAGGCGUCCGGGGGAUACCAGCAGAACAAAGCUAUAUUGCCAAUUCAUUAACUUACGAAAACCGGCGAUAAAGAUACG